AGGAGACGGCCCGAUGGCCCUGACGUGAGGGAACCAAGAUGAAACGGUUGAGGGGCAACGGGGACAGAGGCUCGGCGAAAGAUUAAAUGUUCACUUCAGAUAAAGGAGAGCAUGUUCCCUAAUUCCAAUCUGGGUCGUCCACCCUUCUCUCCUGCCCUCCUUUCACAGCAACAGAUUAUUAAUGCUCACAACUUCAGGAAUGCAACUAGAUCGCCUCCGGUUCAAUGUGGAGUAAUGAAGGACAUACUGAGAGCAAUAUCAGGCAGAUUGGAAAAAUGGGAUGCCAAUCUGAUGAGGCUGCAACAAAAAGAUGGCUGUUGGAGCCUUUCUGGUACCAUCGUGACAGGAGUAGUUACUCCACAAUCACCAUACGUGUGGCCCUUCAGCAAUCUCUGUCCUGUUUUUUCACCGGCUCUGCCCAGUAAUCUUGGCAGGAAGCGAAGAAGUGAUGACCAGAGUAGUCCUUAUGAAGUUAAGCGCCAGCGGUUUCAGUCUCCACCUACUCCAACAUCUGGCAGAUCAGUGCCUUUUCUAGUUGACCACAGGAAUUCGGUACCUUCACCUGGAAUUUCAUCUCUGCUUCCACUCACAGAUUAUCCACAAAAUUCUCUCAAAGGGACUGGAGAUAAGCUGAGCCAACAAAUUGUGGACCUCUUCUGCAACUGUCAACAACAGUCGAUUGAUCUCGAGAAAAAGGAUCUAUGCCGCACACAGAUCCAGAGAGAAAUUCAGCGACUAUUUCCACAGACAAGAUUGUACUUGGUUGGUUCAUCACUGAAUGGCUUUGGUACUCGAUACAGUGAUGCAGAUCUGUGCCUCGUGUUGAAGGAAAUGCCGAUGAACCAAAGGAGUGAAGCAUGUCACAUACUCGGUUUAAUCCAACAACUUUUCUAUAGACUCUCUUACAUCGACAGACCUCAACUGAUCCGAGCAAAAGUGCCAAUAGUAAAAUUCAGGGAUAAAGUCAGUGGUGUGGAAUUUGACUUGAAUGUAAACAAUGUUGUUGGAAUAAGAAAUACUUUCCUGCUGAGGAGCUAUGCAUCGACUGAGAGCCGUGUUCGUCCUCUUGUGCUGGUUGUGAAAAAAUGGGCCCAUUACCAUGGAAUAAAUGAUGCUAGUCGUGGCACAUUGAAUAGCUACUCCUUAGUACUGAUGGUAUUGCACUAUCUACAAACUUUACCUGAACCUGUUGUUCCGUCUCUCCAGAAGGAGUACCCAGAGUGCUUUGAGCCCACUAUGCAGCUGCAAUUUGUGCACAGAAGAGGAAGCAACAUAAGCCCAUACAGCUCACUAAAUAACUCGAAUCUGGGAGACCUGCUCGUGGGGUUUCUGAGAUAUUAUGCUACAGAAUUUGAUUGGAGUAAUUCAAUAAUUUCAAUUCGUGAAGCCAAAGUGAUUCCUAAAACCAAUGAAAUGGAGUGGAAGAACAAAUAUAUUUGUGUUGAAGAACCCUACGACAGAACAAACACUGCUCGAGCUGUACAUGAAAAAUGCAAGUUUGACAUGAUCAAAAAGGAGUUUGUGCAGUCAUGGCACAAACUUAAAGAGAAGAGGGACUUGUUCAGCAUUCUGCCGGAAGCUGCUGCAACAGAGUGCAGAGGGAGAUGACGGACUGGUCCAACCUGUAGAUACAAUUGGUAAAGGAAAAUUGGAAUAGAAACUCUGUUGCAAACGCACAUCAAUGAGAGGAAUUUGUCUGGCAAUGAUGUCAGUUAAAUUAUCUGACUUAUUACGAUUUUUUUUGUCUUCUACAUGGCAACAAAAACUAUGGAACUUUGUUUUGUCUUUUUUUUCCUGCGUUUGUCACAAGCUGGCACUGGAGCCUUCGUAAUAAGAACACUGAAGAAUAGAAUCCUAGAAUUAAGGACAGAUGAUUAAUAAAAUAAUCUUUUGAAAGAUCCUUCUGAAUCCUCUAAGGUAAAACAAAUUUAUUUCAAUAAUUUUAAUGGAUUUGCUGCAAACUCUGGUCUGUGCAAUGUGGUAAGGGGUAGGGAACUCAACGGACAUGUAGGAGUACUUGGCAUAUAUGCGCCUUCACAGUUCCACAAUGUUGAAUGAUGAGCUAUUGUUUGCAUUGUACUAACUGUAGUGAGCUUUCGAUUAUUUUGUUGGAAGUAGGUGUGGAGAUUCAUUAUUACUCUGAUUCCUGCCUCCAUUUUCAGAUUGAGAAUGAAAUGUAUCCAGUCUCCCUACUUUUGUAACAUAUGCUGAACGAAUACAUUCUCUAGUGUUUCAUUCUUUUACCACCAGAAUCUCAAAUACUUUUAUUCCAGCAUGAUACUACCAUCUGUUAUCCUUCAUAAGAAUAAAAAUUAGAAAAUACAUCUUGUAGGAUGCUGGGCAAAAUAUUAGUGAAAGGUGAGGUAUAUGUUUUCAAUUUAUUUAUUAAACCAUUCUAGAGGCCAAAUUCGAAAAAGUGCAGUCUUUUUAAGUGAUUAACUGAUUACUUUUAUGUUUACUGAUAUAUGUUUAUUGUAUAAAGUAUCAAAAUGAUUUUUUUGCCAUGUUCUAUAUUAUUUUGGAAAUUCCCUUUUGUACUUUGUAUAUUGUCUAAAUUUAAAUAAAGUUUGCAUAUGGAAAAAAAACUGAAUUGAG